AAAAAUCUUCUAAUUUUUUAUCAUUUGCUUUCUUCUGUAAAUCUUUCUAUUUGUGUUUCUCAUACCUUAGCUUAUACAUAUGGAUUCCGUUCAUGGUCUCAAACAGUCCAUUAAAAAUCAACGAAUUCUUGUUUCUCCCGGGUCUGAUUCGUCUUGGGAAGGUUACGACGAAGUUAGAUCCAAACAUCGUAACGAUCCAGCAGUGAUGAAUAAGCUACGUGAGAAUUUGAAGUCGAAAGCUACAGUUAAACAUGCACCCAAUGAAAUAGACAAAAAGAUUGAAGGGGUUACAACACGCCCUAAUCUCCCAAAGGGAAUGAAAUACGUCAUCAAGAAGAUCCCGUCCCACCCAUUGAGAUUCGGAACGGCAUAUAGGGCUAAUUUUCUUGAUGAUUUUGAAUCAUCUAUAGGUGAAGAAGGUAUAAAGUUAUUUAGGCAAUCUAUAUUUGGUCACUACUUAGAUAUGCCAAACUGCAACUUUCAAGGGCAAAUCAUCAAAUGCCUCUUACUUCUUGAGGUAGACCAAAAAAACAAAGAAGAACUGCACAUUCGUCAUGUGCAGGGUAAUAUACUGCGAUUUACAAUAAAUAAUUUUGCUAUCAUUACUGGUUUGCGAUGUACCGGUAAUAUGAAUGACUUCAAGUAUUCUGAUGAUCAAGCAAGUAGAUUAUUGUCUUUAUAUUUUCCUGGUGCCAAAAAUGGGGUCAACAAAGCUCGUUUUGUUGAGCGUUUUCUGGUUAGAGGAUGGAAAACAAACGAAGAUGCCGUUCAGAUGGCCAUUCUCUAUUUCAUCCAUACUUUUGUUUUUUCUCAACUAGGUGAUGCACCUAUAUCAGUUGAUGAUUUCAAGAUGGUAGAAGAUGGUAGUUAUGAGCAAUAUCCAUGGGGGAAAUUAGCAUAUUCAAAAUUGAUAAAAGGAAUGCGUCAGGAGUUUUCAAAUGCCAAACAAAUGUAUCGUCUAGGCGGCAUGCCAUACGCUCUGAAUGUUUAGAUAUAUGAAUGUGUAUCUCAAGUUCCCUCUGAAAUUGCUGUAAGAGUGGGUAAUAAAAUUCCCAGAAUUCUUAACUGGCGUGUUGUCGCCGUGAAGCCAAAAUUUGAGACCUUCAUGUCUACCAUCUUCA